UGAUGCAGGAGCAUUUCAGUGGAGACGAUUUUAUGGAAUCGGCAUGAUUGUGGCUCCAGCUAUUUAGAUUGGAUGUUUUGAAAUACAACAUCAGCCCAUAUAUUGCGAACCAGCUCGGGUUCUUUUUUUUUACCCAAGAACUCGUCAAUUGCCUUCCUCUCGAGCGCUUGAGUCUUUAUAAUCACAAACAACAACAAAACCAACAACAACAAAAGAUGAGUUCAUAUUUUGUCAACUCUCUCUUCUCCAAAUACAAGAGUGGAGACUCUUUACGUCCCAAUUAUUACGAGUGCGGGUUCGCGCAGGACCUUGGGAGUAGACCCACAGUAGUGUAUGGACCAGGCACUGGAGCAACUUUCCAACAUCCCCCUCAAAUCCAGGAAUUUUACCACCACGGCGCGUCCACGCUCUCCAGUGCCCCUUACCAACAGAGUCCCUGCGCCGUAACAUGCCAUGGAGAGCCGGGCAACUUCUACGGGUACGACGCUCUCCAGAGGCAAACCAUUUUUGGACCCCAGGACGCGGAUUUGGUCCAGUACAACGACUGCAAGCUAGCGGCUGGUGGCAUCGGGGACGAGACGGAGAGCACGGAACAGAGCCCCUCUCCAACGCAGUUAUUCCCGUGGAUGCGACCGCAAUCUGCCGGACGAAGGCGAGGCCGACAGACCUACAGCCGUUACCAGACACUGGAGCUAGAGAAAGAGUUCCUAUUCAACCCCUACCUGACCCGCAAGCGGCGAAUCGAGGUAUCGCACGCCCUGGGACUGACCGAGAGACAGGUCAAAAUCUGGUUUCAGAACAGGAGGAUGAAAUGGAAAAAGGAAAACAACAAGGACAAGUUCCCCAGCAGUAAGACAGAGCAGGAAGAGAUCGAGAAGGAGAAACGACAGAAGGAGCAGGGCGCGGGGACACACUCGUCCGGGGAAGACUGCGACAAAGCCAAGCAAAUGUAAGCUAUAGGGAGACUGGGGGGUCGAAAUCAGCACCGCGGAAAAGGCAGCGAGAGCGAUAAGGAAAGAGGAGCCAGCAUGUGGUUUUGUCUCGGAACAUGGCAGUCUUUGGCUAGCCGUUCCAGGUUUGAUUCAAUCGAUGGGAAAGUCUCCUGACGGUGACAAAGGACAGGACCAUUUACAUUGUGGUUGUUGGGAGACAAAACGAAACAUUUGAACGGGAAAUUAAGCAUUUGUACUUUUUAUCUGAUGUUGGAAAGUAUUAUUGUGUUAAAAAUAGCGUCCUUUCUCUGUGGAACAAUUAUCGUGAAAAAAAAACAUUUUUAUUGUUAGAAUUUUGACAUUAACAAUUAUCUUGGCAGCUGUAUAGUUUUUAAGUUAAAUUGUGCAAUUUUUACUGUUCUCACUUCAAUGUUAUGAUGAC